CCUUUCUUUUUCUCUUAUUUCUGUUUCCUUUCAAUUUCAGACACAGAGAAAACACAAGGCAAUGGAGAGCUUGGCGCUUCACUCUGUCUCCACUACAACCUCCUUCACUCUCUCUAUCCGGAAUUCCUUACUCCACCGAUCACCAAAACCCAUCUCCAAAUUUCCAUGUACUGUCUCUCCACCUUCCCUGCCCGGCACAAUCCGAUCACCAGCUCUUUCCUCUCAAAAACCAUUUCUUUUCCCUCCACUUCACAAGUCCUUCAAAACCCAAUUCCCAAUUCGCGCCUCCUCUGAGAAAAAUGACUCCUCAAACCUAUCAAAAACCCCGCCAAUCGCAAACCCACCUCCACAAGGUGCCAAGCUUGUUCCCCUUAUAAUAUCUGUUUCUGUAGGUCUCAUUCUUCGCUUUUUUAUUCCUAAACCCGUCGAAGUAACCCCACAAGCUUGGCAAUUACUCGCAAUCUUUCUUUCAACCAUUGCGGGUCUUGUGUUGAAUCCUUUGCCAGUUGGUGCGUGGGCUUUUCUUGGUCUAACAACAUCAAUUGUGACGAGAACUUUGACGUUUUCGACGGCUUUUAGUGCCUUUACCAACGAGGUUAUUUGGUUGAUUGUUAUUUCUUUCUUUUUUGCUCGUGGGCUUGUGAAGACCGGCCUAGGGGAUAGAGUUGCUACGUAUUUUGUCAAGUGGUUGGGGAAGAGUACUUUGGGAUUGUCGUAUGGAUUGACAAUUAGUGAGGCGCUUAUUGCGCCGGCAAUGCCUAGUACUACUGCCAGGGCUGGUGGAGUUUUCUUGCCAAUUAUUAAGUCCUUGUCGUUGUCAGCGGGUAGUAAGCCAGGGGAUGCUUCUUCAAGGAAGCUUGGAUCUUAUCUCGUUCUUUCCCAGUUCCAGUCUUCUGGGAACUCUAGUGCGCUUUUCCUGACUGCUGCAGCUCAAAAUUUGCUUUGUCUCAAAUUAGCUGAGGAACUUGGGGUUAUAGUUUCAAGCCCUUGGGUUUCCUGGUUCAAGGUGGCCAGUUUGCCAGCAUUUGUUUCUCUUCUAGCUACGCCAUUUAUCUUAUAUAAGCUUUUUCCUCCUGAAGCCAAGGACACUCAGGAUGCCCCUGCAAUGGCUGCAAAGAAACUGGAGAAUAUGGGUCCUGUCACAAAAAAUGAAUUGGUCAUGGUUGGCACAAUGGUUCUUGCAGUUUCUUUGUGGGUGUUUGGAGAUGCUCUUGGUAUACCGAGUGUUGUAGCUGCAAUGAUUGCCUUAUCAAUAUUACUUUUGUUGGGAGUGCUUGAUUGGGAUGACUGCUUAAGUGAAAAAUCAGCCUGGGAUACCUUGGCUUGGUUUGCUGUUCUGGUGGGCAUGGCAGGGCAACUGACAAACCUUGGUAUUGUAGCCUGGAUGUCUGGUUGUGUGGCCAAGAUCCUUCAAUCUCUCUCUUUGAGCUGGCCAGCUGCAUUUGUUGUUCUUCAGGCAUCUUACUUCUUCAUUCACUAUCUAUUCGCUAGUCAAACUGGUCAUGUGGGAGCUCUGUACUCUGCAUUUCUUGCCAUGCACUUGGCAGCUGGAGUGCCUGGUGUGUUGGCAGCACUGGCUUUAGCUUACAAUACAAAUCUUUUUGGUGCUCUUACACACUACAGCAGUGGUCAGGCUGCUGUAUACUAUGGAGCUGGGUAUGUAGACCUUCCUGAUGUAUUCAAGAUGGGCUUUGUAAUGGCCCUGGUUAAUGCUAUCAUCUGGGGAGCGGUUGGAACUGCCUGGUGGAAAUUUUUGGGCCUCUACUAAUCUCAACUUUACUUGUAAGUAACUGCUUAAAUUUCAUGUCGCAUGAUGUCCUGUUUUAGGGAACACUUGAGCUAAAUUUAGUUGAGAGAGGAAUUUUUAUUUUUUAUUUUACCUUUUAUUAUUCUUAACUGUGUUAGCUUGUAGUAACACUAACGCAGGAAUGGCUUUUUGAAUUGAAAAAUCAUAUUGAAUAAACAGUUAUACUUCGCUGUGUUUAA